AUGCUAACAAAGAGGCUAAUACGACAGUUACCUAAGAGGUAUUCAACGAUACUGUUUACUCCAAAUGAGAAUAAACACAUUUUUGAGUCAGAGAGGCUAAGCCCAAGGGAGAAUCACGAUGCUAUCCCAGACAAGCCCGACUUUUCCAACAUCGAUAAAAUACAUCAUGAAAUUGUGAAUCCUGAGGAAGUCGCUGAUUUGGUGACCAAGUUGAAUACAAAUGAUGUGUUGAUCUCCAUCCUUUCAAAAAACAAGCGUCUCUAUGGAGAUGAGCAUUAUAACGUCCGAAACGUCAAGGACCUGAAGGAGCCACCAAUCGUCUUCCCUUACUCAAGUAUACUACUCAGUUGGAAAGAGGUUUAUAACAAGCAAAUUAAAGACUUGAAAGAGAUACAACCAGUAACAUUUACUUUACCCAUUGUUGACUUCAAGUACUUGAAUCUUUACAAGGGCAAUUCAUUAGAGGAAUUUUUCCACAAGUCCAGGGCUGUUAAAAACUCCACUUCAAUUAAGAAGGGCACAGUGCAGCUGACGGAUGUAGACAGUUUGUUCACGGUUGAAUGUGCGUCCAAUGUGGUAUUGAAUUCCAUCGAGAGUUCUGAGGCUCUAGAAGAGUUCAUGGUAUUCAUCUCAACAAAAAUUGAAUUUUUCACUUUUCAGGGGUUGAAGGACUUGCUAACUCUGGUGACAAUGUCAUGCAGCAAAUUUCCUGUGAAUGGAUCUUCUAUGGAUCAAUUGGUAACUACUAUGGCCAACCUGCACCCAAGAAUAUUGCGAGCUUUGGAUCAUGACACCAAGGAUGUAAUAGCCCACUCACUCAUCGAAACCAAUCCAGAACUUGCCAAAAAUAUAAUCAAGGAUCUUAUAGAGGAUUGUAUUUGUCCAUCGGAAAAAACUCUUGAUAGAUUCUUCGAUAGCUACAAAUCCAAAGGCCCUGUGACGAGUUUGCAAGAGUUGUCAUUUUUGAAGUCGGUGAUCCAUCAUUGCAAAUUCAAUGAUACUACAUUCAACUUGAUUAUGGAAACCAUCACCAACGUUAAUGAGUUGAUUAAACUUGUGACACUAUUGAAGAAAACACCGAACAUGCUACAAGAGAAGCAAAAUGAAUUAUACUCCAAAUUACGUUCAUUGACUACAUCGGAAUUGACAACUACUCAGUUCUUGCGCUUCUUGACAAAAAAUAAUGUGAAGUUGAAUGAAGAGCUCAAAAAAAGAGUUGGCAGAGAUUACAGCGACGAUUCUAACAUCAUUUCUGUUCUUGAUAGAUUGUAA